AUGGCUCAGGCGCCCACGGAGCAGGAAGCCAAGCUGUAUGCCUACCUGCACCAGCGGGCCGACCUCAAGGUCUCCAGGGGAAGCAUCCCUGUUGGCUUCUACUCGUGCAUGUUUCUCGACGAGGGUCAACCUUUGUACUUGGAGACCCGAUUUGGUGGCAUCGACGAUGAUGGCGAACCUGUGGGGCCUCAAUAUCAGGUCAGCUGGAAAGCAGAGAAGGAGGUGAUUCCGCCCCUUGACAGCCUGAGCGAUGGGUGGUACCGGGACCUCGAUGACCUCUGGAGCAACGUCCUCUCCUACUUCGAGAAGCGGGGCAUCCUUAGCGAGGAGACGUUGGAAUACCUGGACGCCGAUCCUUUCGUCCUGUUUGGAAUCGACGACCCGCUGACGCAGCAGGCGCUCCUGAAGCUCGACAAGUUCCCGGCUUUGAUGUGCGACGGAGCUGUGCCGACGCUGGAUGAAUGGGCCUAUUACCUGCGCAUCGAGCCCCACGACCCACAGCUGAUGUGGCUCGUGAGGGCAAUGCAGGAGACAGAGUUACCCAAGCCUUGGACGUGCUACAAAGGCAUUGGAAGUAUUGUGUGCUACCUCCGGUCUGACAGCGGACAGGUCACAUGGAAGCAUCCCUUCUAUGACUACUUCCGUCAGCUCAGGGACUUUUGCCGGCAGGCAUCCCGCGACGAGGUGAUGCAGGUGCGCUGCAACCGUCUCCUCUGGAGUUAUGAAGCCACGCGUGUCGAGACCGAACACGACCAGGAGCCCCUCAUAUCGCCGCCUUACGUCGCGCGCAUGGCCGACAUAUUUGGCUUCGACGUGAAGGUUCAAGGCUGCGUGGUGCGAAACUGCAAGGCGCAGCUCAAGGCUUUCGCCAAAGCAUAUCGGACAAAGCAGGACAUUGAUAUCGGCUUGAUUCGGGAGUGCAACGAGAUGCUCCAGCGCGACGUGGCCAAGUAUAGCGAGAUGGUGGCGCACUGGUCCGGCGAAGUCAAAGAGGAUGUCAAGUUCGACCUCAACAAGUUAGCUGCUGGCGAACUGCAUUGCGUGAACUGCAAGACCACGGCCCUCAGCUUUUGCCUGGAGUGCAAGGACUACUUGUGCUUGAAGUGCUAUGCGGACUUGCAUGGGAAAGGCUCGCGCAAGGAGCAUGCGCCUUUCUGCUUGGUGCCCUGCGCUUUGUGCGUGGUGCUUCCGGCCAAGAUUCACUGUACAUUUACGGACAAGUCCUUAUGUCACAAGUGCUACGCCAUGAAGCACAUCAAGAUGCUCCCUCUGGACGGCAAAGAGAACCAGCCCAGAAGAAUAAAUUAUGUGGAGCAGUACAACAGGUACGCUGAGUUUGCCAAGGAUCGUGUCAAGAAGAUGGCCGUCAAGCCUGAGGACCUUCCGGCACUGGACGACUCAGCAUAUGAGUCAGUCCUGAGCACCGAUUGGCACCCCUUUUAUGACGCUCGUGGUGUGAGGUACUACCACAACUUUGCCACUGGCGAGCGCAUGCGGCAAAGUCCACGGCGAGCUCUUCAUCGGAUUAUGGACAUGGCAUGCAAGCCGGCGCUGGUGACAGCGCACCUACUCAGCAUCAAGAACGACCUCAAGCUCCACAGGACAGUGGAGAGGUCGGGGCUGGACGACAAGGAGAUCGAGAUGACUCUCAUCGACAUGAACAUCCCCCUGAUUUUUGGCGUGAGCCAAUGUAUAAUGGAUCGGGACGAGCUUGUGGACUAUCUGGAGACCUACGCCACGAAAGAGGAGUUCAGCGAAACGACCUUGGAAGCGUACCGGAUGGGACAGUUCAAGCAGGGGAUACCGGGGAGACAUCGAGCUGCGGCCGUUUUGCUAUACUCUGGCAAUUUUUGGUCGACGCUGUACAGCUCACGCGAUCGGUUCAUGCACCCACAAUUGACUUCCACGCAAGGGUGGGAGAAGAUUGGCAACCUUCUGGAGGACACCUGGCCGAUGGUGCUAGCCCUCAUGAAGACUGUGCCAUCUUCGAAGAACCCUAUGGGCGGCAGAGUCCUCUUCGGACUGACUGCCAGAGCGUGGGAGGAGCUGAAGGACCUUGGGCGGAUGGCCAAGGUCGGAUGCUCGGAUUCAUCGGAAGAGUCGGGCGAAACACCGUCGUGGCACAGCUCGUACGGGACAGUGUCCAUACAGGACUCUUUCCGAGUGAAGACGACGCCGGAGGUGAGGAUGGCAGCGACAGUCGAGUUCGAGGCAAGUUUUGACGUCUCACUCUUUUUCCUCGAAAUCGCAGCUUUCAAAUCCACCGGCUUCAUUCAUUUCUGUUACAUUAGUGCUGCCUUAUUAUCGAUUGGUUCGUAUUUCAGCACAGGCAUUCCACAGCCUAGCAUGCUUUUCCAAGUCCUCAGACGCCUGAUCUGGGAUAUUGGGUCAUUUACAUCACAUGUGCUCACCCAGUGGGACAUUGCAUUUCGCCUGUCGAGACGAUCGCAGGUUGGAGAAUUGAUGGCAGUCCGUGAAGGCGGAAUUUGCCAUUACUGUCUUCCGACAGGAUUUCCAACCGCUCCGUACUGUGAGGACGAUCGCUAUGUACAGGCGCGAGUUUUUGCUCACCGGUGCACUGGAUGCACCCUCCGCCAUUUUGUCGCGGGAGAUAGGCCGAUGUACACGGUUGAGAGGUACCACCACAGACUUCUACAUCGCGCACAACACGUGGUGUGUUCUGAUCGCGAGAAGUCCAAAGGGAUGUUAGCUAACAUCAACCUCACACACUCAGCCAUAGUCGAAGAGCCGUCUCUAGACAAGCAGUACAGCUACCAGACGUACUUGGCACAUGCUGUACGGGCGGAGCUUUUGACCCUGGGGGGGGACAUUCAGUUCCUCCCCAAUCGCCAUUUUGGCACCCAGACCGGUGUUCGUGUCACCGGACCGCAAAGUGGGCCCAGUGCUGAUGCGUCAGCACCGUCUGCGACUGUUCCAACGGCAGACGAACAAAGACCAUCUGGGAGCUCCAACCUAGCUGGUGCGUCUAGGUUCAUUGAACCAGGGACCCCACUAAUCCCUUACACGACUGCUGAUGCUGGAAAGCCCAUGGAGGGAGUCCAGAUCAUCACAGAUUGGGAAAAGGUAGACCUACGCAAAGACAUGGGUCGUAAGAUGGAGGCACUCGCUGUCCUCGAGCAUGAGGCAAAAUCCUGCAUCGUUGACGACGACGUUUUGGAACAGCUGCAAGUGACAGCCAAAGCGAGGAUCGCCAUGCCAGGUGUCACAGACAAAGACAUCACGGCAAUUCAUGUCGCAUGCAACUCCCACUCGAAUGCUAUCGCCGGAAUAGGGAACCGGCAUUAUGCAGAGAAAUUUGCCGAGGUAGAAUACGACGGUAUUGUGUUCAGGAACCAAAUAGGCAAUCCAUGGGAGUUAAUCCGCAGAGCUGUCCAUGCGGUAGUCGACAAAGUUCUCCCUGCUAUCCUCGAGAUUGAUGAAGAGACCAUUCGGAGGCAGGACACAGAACUAAUGGAGAUACCGCAAAGCGAGAUCGUCUCGGAGUUGCAUGGGAAAUCCCUAUUCCCCAUGCACAAGUCGGUUGACGAAAUCGCUCCAAGCAGCUUCACGGAGCAAAUGAAGAAAGACAACUUCGAGGCAACCUCUGGCACCGAAUUGACGAAGCUCCCGCCUACCAAGGCGUUUGUGAAGCCUAAUGAAGCUUUAGGGAAGAUCAAGCCUAGACUGAUCCAACACACAGGCCCACAAGGCACCGCUGCCUCGGCCUUGAUGAAUAAGACAGUCGAGCAGAUGAUCUUCCGGUUACCUUAUUUUGUCCAGCGCAGUAUCAAGGGCACCGACAACACUGGUGUCUGCGAGCGUGUCCGACUCUUUUACAACGAGUAUAAAUCGGGCGGCUUUGCAUCGACGGAUUUCGGGAGUUUCGACUCUUCGAUCACUGACAAGUGCACCGUCGACAGAAGCAAGCCAGGACUUAGAAGGAUAAUCGAGGAAGCUAUCAUGAAGGCUAUUACAAACAAAUUUCCAGAGGCUUUCGACUUCAAGAAUGUUUCGAAAACAAGGUGGAAAAAGAAGGACAAGAUUUUGUUCGACACCUUAACACUGUUCACAGAGGUCCUCAUUAGGUACUCUGGAGACGGGUUGACAUCUGUUGGCAAUUACGCCAUCAACUGGUUCGUCGACCGUUCCAUUGACUUUGUGCUUGAGAGGAUUUUCACUAUGUGGGAUAUGCGUGUCUACACCUUGAAAGAGAUCAUUCAAUUCCUGACAAACAUGAUAGAUGACCCUGAGUUCAUCAACCAAGUCCUCGAAGGAGUCAAAAAGAAAGCGACACGCCUCGCGGAGACCAUCAUACGCGUUUCGAAAGGUCUUCAUGUCACGAAGGAAGAUUCAGAGUUCCUGAACGGGGAGGGGGACGACAGACUCAAAGGAUUUCGUUGGGCCUUCAUCCAGAAAUUUGAGACGAAGGACAAGAAAGGAAAAGACGCCCGACAGGUCCUUGGAGUGAUGACGGCAGUUAUGUACACUGCCGCCGGCAUGAGUUUGGAACCUCAGGACCGCACAGGCCGGGUUAGUGCUGAGAAACUUAUUGACAAGAGUUUUCCAAAGCUCCGAAAAACAUUCGCGGCCGCCACCAUCACCUUCAACGUAAACGACCCAUUCUUAACCGCAGCAGCGACGAAAAUGCUCUCCAUCAUGAUGAUGUGUGAGCAAUGCCCGUUGCAGUUCCCAUUCUACUCGCUGAUUUACCGGUACUACAGAUACAGAAUCACCGACGAGACGAUUAUAACCGGUAAACGCAAGUAUGAGUGGUGGGAGCUCAAGCUGAUGCACCUCAUCACCGACAACGGGUUGCAGAACAGCAUGUCAGCAAUCUACGCCCACCUCAUGAACCGGGCUUACGGGUAUGUAUCCCCAGAAAUUGCUGAUGAAAUGCUUGAUGCAGUCGCAGCUGAGACGCGAUUGGCCAAGAGUGACUUGGUCUGCCUGAUAGACGCUCUAAAUGGAGCAAAAGGGGACGAUCUAGGAUCCGUCCAAGACCUGGUGCAGAGGUACGUGGCAAUUUUGCCACCGGUCUGA